CGGCGUCAUGGCCAAGUCACACCUGCCGCCGUGGCUGCUGCUGCUGCUGCUGCCCACACUCUGUGGCCCAGGCACUGCUGUCUGGGCCACUUCACCCUUGGCCUGUGCUCAGGGCCCUGAGUUUUGGUGCCAAAGCCUGGAGCAAGCAUUGCAGUGCAAAGCCCUGGGACACUGUCUACAGGAAGUCUGGGGACACGUGGGAGCCGAUGACCUGUGCCAGGAGUGUCAGGACAUCGUCAACAUCCUAACCAAGAUGACCAAGGAGGCCAUUUUCCAGGACACCAUACGGAAGUUUCUGGAGCAUGAGUGCGACGUUCUUCCCUUGAAGCUGCUGGUGCCCCAGUGUCACCACGUGCUUGACGUCUACUUCCCCCUCACCAUCACCUACUUCCAGAGCCAGAUUAAUGCAAAGGCCAUCUGCCAGCACCUGGGCCUGUGCCAACCCGGGUCACCAGAGCCUCCGCUGGACCCUCUGCCUGACAAGCUGGUCCUCCCCACACUGCUGGGGGCCCUCCCAGCAAAGCCUGGGCCCCACACGCAGGAUCUGUCGGCGCAGCGGUUCCCCAUCCCCCUGCCCUUGUGCUGGCUCUGCAGGACUCUCCUCAAGCGGAUCCAGGCCAUGAUUCCCAAGGGUGUGCUGGCCAUGGCUGUGGCACAGGUGUGCCACGUGGUACCCCUGGUGGUGGGCGGUAUCUGUCAGUGCCUGGCCGAACGCUACACUGUCAUUCUGCUGGAGGUGCUACUGGGCCAUGUGCUGCCCCAGCUGGUCUGUGGCCUUGUCCUCCGGUGCUCCAGCGUGGACAGCAUUGGCCAAGUCCCGCCCACUCUGGAAGCCCUGCCAGGGGAGUGGCUGCCGCAAGACCCAGAGUGCCGCCUUUGCAUGUCUGUGACCACCCAGGCCAGGAACAUCAGUGAGCAGACCAGGCCGCAGGCAGUGUACCACGCCUGCCUCAGCUCCCAGCUGGACAAGCAAGAGUGUGAACAAUUUGUGGAGCUGCACACGCCCCAGCUGCUGAGCCUGCUGUCCAGGGGUUGGGAUGCCCGCGCAAUCUGCCAGGCCCUGGGGGCGUGUGUGGCCACGCUCAGCCCUCUCCAGUGCAUCCAAAGCCCUCACUUCUGAGGACUCAGCUGUCCAGGACCUUGCACUGGUGGAUGCAAGACCCCAGUGUGUAGCCACAGCCCUGCCUCCACCUCGUCUGUCCCAGCCUGAAUCACAGCCCAACACCAGAGCCACUUCUGUCCUGUCCGGCAAGCAGCAAGAGCCGUGUGCCCCACAGCAGGUCUGCAGAGAGACCCCACAGCCUUCACUCCAGCAGAGCCACACGAGGCUCCCACAGCCUCCCAGGGGCCAGGCUGACCAAAUACUGCCUCCCCACCCCCACCCCCACCUCACUCCAGAGACUGGCUUUACCGCUACUUGCUCACAGUCUACGAAGUUCAAAAUACAGAAGAGAGAGGCUGGUGCUGUGACCCAGCAGGUUGGGCCACCGCCUGCAGUGCCGGCAUGCCAUGUGGGCACCAGUUUGAGUUCCAGCUGCUCCACUCCUGAUCCAGCUCCCUGCUAACGCGCCUGGGAAAGCAACAGAAGAUGGUCCAAGUGUUUGGACCCCUGCCACCCAUGUGGGAGAUCCAGAAGAAGCUCCUGGCUCCUGGCUGGCCCAGCCCUGGCCAUUGCAGCCAUUUGGGGAGUGAACCAGCAGACGGAAGAGCUCAAUCUCUAACUCUUACAAAUAAAUAAAAUAAAUCUUU